ACGGAGUUAUCUCCUCCCUUCCGAACGCUUGCGCGGCGGCAUGAUCCGUCCGAUUUCCAUUGGCUAUGCAAAAGAGAGAACGCUGAGAGCACCAAUAGGCGGCGGCCACGGCUAGGCUCGCCGAAGCAUUUGGUACUCUUACCGGAGGGGAAGGCUAGAGUGUAGAAGGUGAAGAUAGAGCGAGCAAGCCGGAGGAUUUUAAGGGUGCAUUAUGGGCGCAUUCGGCGGGAGACGCUUUUUGCUUGGAACUGUAAGCUGCACACUGUUCCUUGCUGUUAACAGCUUAUAUUCUUCCAGUGAUGAUGUUAUAGACCUAACACCAACAAACUUCAAUAGGGAGGUCAUUCAGAGUGACAGUUUAUGGCUGAUAGAGUUCUAUGCACCAUGGUGUGGCCACUGUCAAAGACUGACCCCUGAAUGGAAAAAAGCUGCAACGGCACUAAAAGGGGUUGUGAAAGUAGGGGCAAUUGAUGCAGAUAAGCAUCAGUCCCUAGGUGGUCAGUAUGGUGUCAAAGGAUUUCCCACUAUCAAGAUAUUUGGUGCCAACAAGAACAAAGCAGAAGAUUAUCAAGGGGCCAGGACGAGUGAUGCUAUUGUUGAUGCUGCUUUAAGUGCUCUCCGGUCGCUUGUGAAAGAUCGCCUUAGUGGCAGAGGAGGUGGAUACAGCUCUGGAAAACAGAGCAGCCGAGAAAAUGGAGGAGGCUCAGGCAAAAAGGAUGUGAUUGAGCUGACAGAUGACAAUUUUGAUAAGAAUGUCUUGAAUAGUGAAGAUAUCUGGCUGGUAGAGUUUUAUGCUCCUUGGUGUGGACAUUGCAAAAAUCUAGAGCCAGAAUGGGCAGCAGCUGCAACAGAAGUGAAGGAGCAAACCAAUGGAAAAGUUAAAUUGGGUGCUGUAGAUGCUACAGUGAGCCAGGUGUUAGCAAGCCGAUAUGGGAUUCGUGGUUUUCCUACAAUAAAGAUCUUCCAGAAGGGAGAAGACCCUGCCGAUUAUGAUGGUGGAAGGAUAAAAUCUGAUAUUGUAGCUCGUGCUCUAGACCUAUUUUCAGAGAAUGCUCCACCACCUGAAGUUCUAGAGAUUAUUAAUGAAGAUGUAUUGAAGCAAACUUGUGACGCUUACCAGCUCUGUAUCAUUUCUGUCUUGCCCCAUAUUCUUGAUACAGGAGCUGCAGGUCGGAAUUCCUACUUGGAAGUCAUGCUGAAAAUGGCAGACAAGUACAAAAAGAAGAUGUGGGGGUGGCUGUGGACAGAGGCUGGAGCGCAGUCUGGUCUUGAAAACUCCUUGGGAAUUGGAGGAUUUGGAUAUCCAGCCAUGGCAGCUGUUAAUGCUCGAAAGAUGAAAUUUGCACUCCUGAAAGGAUCUUUCAGUGAACAAGGGAUUAAUGAGUUUCUAAGGGAAUUGUCUGUAGGUCGGGGGUCCACAGCACCUGUAGGAGGAGGGGCUUUUGCAAAGAUUAACACAGUAGAGCCAUGGGAUGGCAAGGAUGGUGAGCUACCAGUUGAAGAGGAGAUUGACCUCAGUGAUGUAGAUCUUGAUGACUGGGAUAAUAAGGAUGAAUUGUGAGAGCUUGAAGACACUUUGUUUCUUGAGAGACUUUGAGCAGUAGUUUAAUGGAACAUUGCUUUGCAUCACACGGAUAUCCCGGUGGCAUUUUCGCCGAGAGAAACCCUUGGUCACUUACUGGAAGCACUGUUAAAAGUGAACUGUGUGCCUCUCAAGAAAACACAUCUUUAAAAUUCUAUGAAUUUUUUUUGUAUUGAGUAAAAUUGAUUGUAUCCUGCACAACAGAUAUUUGGGGGGUGGGGGUGUGAUACUGAUCUGUCAUUGAAAUAUUCCUGUUUUGGCUUUUGUCCAGCUGGCAUGUGGUGGUUGACCGUGACUCAAGACUUUUUUUGUAACUAGUUUUAAAAUGUGAUCUACUUUCCCCCCUCCCAAAAACUAGUUACUCUAGCCUUCAUUUCAAUGAAAGAAUAAAACAAAUAUUUUUGACACACUGUGUCAGUGUUGUACAAUGUACAGAGCUCUGUCAUUUGACAAAGCAGUAAAUAUUUCAGGUAUCAAUGCAGCAAACAUUUUGACAGCAUGAGAGCAAUUUUAUAUAGGGUCUUCUAGAAUGUAGUCCUUGACUAGACAGGAUGCUAUUGUUUCAUCCCCCCUUUUUUGGAAUCAAUGGGGUUCACGGAAGCACCAUACUGCUUAAGUCUCCUGAGAAGUGUGUAUACUCUUGACAUGAGUGUUAUUUGUAACUGGAAUCUUCUAGAAAUAACGUAGCGGUGAUGCUGGUGAUCAGGAAAAGGGACUGAUCUGCAUGCCUGCUUAACAGAGUGAUUUCAUAGGGCAAAAGGUUACUGCAAAGUCUCUGUUUGCAGAACGUUCCCAUUAAUCCAGAGACACAACUCCAGAUUAAGGUUUAGCAUUGCACCCAUCAGUGUUUAACACAUCUCUGAAAAAAACAAGACAAAGCACACAAUGUCAGUAUUAAACAAAUGCUUCUGCCCUGCCACAGGAAAUGUAGAACUUCUUGGAGAGAAAUACAUGCUAGCCUUUCGACAAGGAACUACCUUGUUGGGUAUCAUCUUGGCCAAUUCCUUACAUUUUGAGAAGUUUAUUAAGUCAUUACAAUAUUGAUUCUUAUUCAUCUGUACAGAGUCGUUACAUUUAACCUUGAGGUUGCCAGGUUGUGUUUUACAAUUCAUGUUGACAUUAGGGAUGAAGUAUAAAUUUCAGUGUUGGAGGGAAACAUGUAGUUUACACUAGUCUUGUGCAGAUAAGGUACUUCCAGCAAACUGUCAAAACGGGUAAGAUUUCCCAUGCUAUAUUUUAUUUGGCUGUUGCUAACCCAGUUUUUCUUCUUUUGCUAUUUCACCAAACAGUAGAUUAGUGGAAGAAACUGGUAGCUUGUUUGUGUCAGUUCUCACUUGUAAAAUCUCUGCUUGGAUUUCUCUUUAAUAGUCCUACACAGAAGCAAUUGAAACAGAUAACCCACCCACCCCCAAAAAUUAAAUUCUAAAUUCAGUAUUUGAUCUACUGAUUAACUUUCAUGCAAUAAUAUGUAGCUGCUUUGUUGACUGAAUCUGUACAUUAAACAGUUACAGAUACUUGA